AGUCUGACCCAACACAUGACCCUAUGACGAGCGCAACAGAUGAACCAACAACCUCCACCACCAUCACAACCACAACCGCCUCCAAGGUCGUCCAUGCUAAGAUAAACUGGGGCAGGGUGUUUGGGAACAAGGCGAGGCAGAAGGAGAAACUCAACAGGUUACGUAAGCCAGCCUGGCCCACCACCACCACCACAGAGGGCUCAACAACAGUCCAACCCACAACUACAACCACAACCGCACUGCCCACCCAGCGGUCUCUGGCUGAACCUGUGACCGAGUCACCGUCUAGAGCAGGUAAACACAGAGAGACCCCAGAGGGCUCAUCAGACGAUGACUAUGGGGAUUCAUGGCCUGACUCUGAGGCCUCGACCACACCCCAGCCUGCCACUAGCCGUGGAACUACAGCCCCAGCCUAUGACUACAGGUCCUCCACCACCACAGAGUCCUCCCCUGACACCCAGACCAUCGCCUCCCCACCCACAGAAAAACCUGCCCCAAGAGAAGACACAGUUGAGGCCUCGUCCUCUGGGUCUGAAUCCGGAGGGUCAGGGAUGUACCUAUCCCGUAGAUUUUGGGGAAACCGGAGACCGAAUGGAGGGUCAGGGGGCAGGAGGCCUUUCAGGGGCAGGAGGCCUUUCAGAAAAACCACAACAACUACCGAAGCCCCCAGCACCACCAUAGAAACAACAGAGACCACCAUGGAAACCACCAUGGAGACCACCAUGGAAACCACCAUGGAGACCACCAUGGAGACUACCAUGGAGACCACCAUGGAGACUACCAUGGAGACUACCAUGGAGACCACCAUGGAGACUACCAUGGAGACCACCAUGGAGACCACCAUGGAGACCACCAUGGAGACCACCACAUAUCCCACACGGACCGUCUCCGUCUCCAAGCCCCUGUACACACCCUCCAGAGAAUCAGAAAGGUCUGCAGUGACUGUGUCCACUGACAUUACCUUCGAGGGAGAAACCACAACAGACUCCGACUCAUACGACGACGAGAACUGGACAGAUGAGAUGGAGUCCACCACUAACCGUCCACGAGCCUACACUUCCACCACCAGGCCUAGAAUGACCUCCACCACACCUUAUCCAACCACCACCUCAAGGCCUUACACUGCAUCAUCAACCCGCGCCCGGACUAACACCGACUCCAUCAGAAUGAACACUAGCAUCAGGCUCCCGUCAGGGAGAGAUAACCGUUACCAGAUCACACAGAGACCCAUGAUCAGGAGAACCAGGCCCACGGUGUCCAGCAACAGGGCCAGACCAAGCCCAGACAAGACCCUGACCUUUGACACAUUGACUGUUCUGGAAGCAGAGCAGGGGCACACCAAUAACCCCUACAGCAGCAAGGACAUAGACAAUGCCAUCUCCAACGCCUAUACCCACAUCACCGGCUAUGAUACGACAACCGCUAACAUUGUGGGCUUUGAGCCGUCUACCAAGGACAUGCCCACCAAGCCCAGGAUCGUGGGAGGCAACGCGGCCAGCUUCACUGUCCUGUCCAACUCAGAUGCCUUCCUGCCCUGUGAGGCCGCGGGCAGCCCUGAACCCACCAUCAGCUGGAAACGCUUCUCUUCAAGCACGGGAAGCACAUUGACCAUCAAGGGCAAGAUGGGCAAGUUUGAGGUGUUCCAGAACGGCACUCUGUCCAUCCAGAACGCCAAUAUCAAAGACCGUGGCCAGUACCUCUGCCUGGCCGAGAACGACCAGGGGUCAGACAAGCUCCUGGUCACCCUGUCCGUGGUGGCCUACCCCUCACGCAUCCUGGAGCCCAAGGUACGGGAGAUCAAGUCCCACUCAGGGAAGACAGUGGAGAUGAAGUGCAAGGCGGAGGGCCGCCCCACCCCUCUGGUCUCCUGGAUCCUGGCCAACCGCACCCAAGUCAGGGGCCACAAUUCGGACCCCAGAGUGUCAGUGACCCCAGAGGGCACUCUGCUCAUCAAGCAGGUGUCUGUGUAUGACCGGGGCCACUACAAGUGCAUCGCCAGUAACCCUGCUGGAGCCGACACUGCCACUGUCAGACUGCAGGUGGUGGCAGCACCCCCUGGCAUCCUGGAGGCCAAACGACAGCAGGUCCAGGCCGGUGUGGGUCAGAGCCUGUGGUUACCCUGUACAGCUCAGGGCAGCCCCCAGCCCACCGUACACUGGGUCCUCUACGAUGGGAUGGCGGUGCUGCCCCUGAAGCCCUCUGUGGACCCCAGGUUGUCUGUGUUCGCUAACGGAACGCUCCACCUGACCGAUACGGCCGCCACGGACAGUGGGAAGUACGAGUGCAUUGCCACCAGCUCAACAGGGUCGGAGCGCAGGGUGGUGAAGCUGACGGUGGAGAAUAGGGCCCCUGAGAUCACCGAGGCAUCACACCGCAGGACGGUGCUUUCGUAUGGGGACCAGCUGAGGCUGAACUGUUCGGCCACCGGGGACCCCAAACCCAGGAUCAUCUGGAGACUACCCUCCAAAGCUGUGGUGGACCAGUGGCACAGGAUGGGAAACAGGAUCCAGGUCCUGGACAAUGGCACCCUGAUCAUCGACUCUGUAAGUGACAAGGACGCUGGGGACUACCUGUGUGUGGCGCGCAGCAAGGUGGGAGACGACCUCCAGCUCAUGAAGGUCACUGUGUCCAUGAAGCCGGCCAAGAUCGAGCCUAAGACAUACAGCAAGAAGCAGGUCCCCUACGGCAACGACCUGAAGGUGGACUGCAAAGCGUCUGGGGCCCCGGAGCCAGAGAUCUCCUGGGGCCUGCCGGACGGCACCGUGGUCAACAGCGCCCUGCAGGCAGACAGCACCAGUAGAGGGGGACGCGCACGACGAUACAUCCUGUUUGAUAAUGGCACGCUUUAUCUCAACCAGGUGGGCAUGGCGGAGGAGGGUGACUACACGUGCUACGCCGAGAACCAGCUGGGCAAGGAUGAGAUGCACGUACACAUCACCGUGGUGACGGCAGCGCCACGGAUACGGAUGCCCAGCCGGACCUACGCCCAGGUGAAGCCUGGAGGCAACAUUCGCUUAGACUGCGAGGCCGUGGGCGAGCCCAAGCCCAAGAUCCUGUGGAUGCUCCCCACCAACGACAUGAUCGCAGCCUCCAAUGAGCGCUACCUGAUGCAUGUCAACGGGUCUCUAGAUAUCCGGGACGUUAAGCUUAGGGAUGCUGGUGAGUACGUUUGCAUGGCUCGCAACACCGCCGGGGAUGAUAGCAAGGUUUACAAGCUGGAUAUUGACGGCAACCCUCCGGUUAUCAACGGCUACCACCAGAACAGGACCGUGGUGAAAGACACGGCCGCCAAGUACUCCAGGAAGUUCAUAGACUGCAAGGCCGCUGGAGACCCGCCUCCGAAGAUCACAUGGAUCAUGCCGGAUAACAUCUUCCUGAAUGCUCCGUAUUUCGGCAGCAGAAUCAACGUCCACCACAACGGAACACUGGAGUUCCGGAACGUCCGUCCGACGGACAUGGCGGAGUUCAUCUGCAUGGCGAGGAAUGACGGAGGGGAGGCGGUGAUGGUGGUGCAGCUGGAGGUCACUGACAUGCUCCGACGGCCCAUCUUCAAGAACCCCUUCAACGAGAGGGUGGUGACCCGCAUGGGCAAGACCACGGUGCUGAACUGUUCUGCAGACGGUCACCCCACACCAGAGAUCAUCUGGCUGCUGCCUAAUGGGACCCGCUUCACUGGCAGCCCCGACCGGGGCUCGCGCCAACACCUAGGCAACGACGGAACCUUCGUCAUCUACAACCCCAGCAAGGAUGAUGCUGGGAAGUACCACUGUGCAGCUAAGAACUCGAUGGGCUACAUUGAGAAGCUGAUAGUUCUGGAGGUAGGCCAGAAGCCCUUAAUCCUCACCAGGCCCAGAGGGAUCAUACGCAGUGUGUCUGGGGACCCUCUGUUCCUCCACUGCCUGGCUGACGGUAGCCCCAGACCCAGUAUCUACUGGACCAUCCCUGGAGGCCACACCCUGGCCAGGCCGCAGGUCCACGGACGCCACCAGCUGAUGGAGAACGGGACCCUGGUUGUCAGGGACACCACCCUCCACGACCGGGGAAACUACGUGUGUCGGGCGCGGAACGAUGCUGGCGAGGCGGUUCUCACAGUGCCAGUCAUCAUCAUCGCCUAUCCUCCCCGCAUCACCACGGGACCCCCUCCCACCGUGAGGGCGGUGGCGGGGGCGCUCAUCCAACUCAACUGUGCCGCCAUCGGGAUCCCAAAGCCGGAGAUGACCUGGGAGCUGCCUGACCGCUCUGUGCUCUCCACGGCUGGGAAAGGGCGGCCCACGGGCAGCGAGCUGCUCCACCCUCAGGGAACGCUGAUCAUCCAGAGACCCACCACAGCAGACUCUGGCACCUACAAGUGCCUGGAAAAUCACCUGGGUACGGACUCACGGGUCACAUAUGUGCGUGUGCUGUGA